CCCAUUCCAGUAAUCCGCCUUCGUCUCAUGACUCAUCCCAAGUUUAAAAAGCCCAGUCCAGCCGAAACCAAGCCGAAACCGAGCCGAGCAGUGCCUGCCAAAGAUCAGCAUAUCGAUUGGAGCCUCAGAGAGAUGGCUCACAUUUUUCACGUGCGCACCACGCAAAUUUGA